AUAGUCGUCUUGAGAUAACAGAAAGGAAAUAUCAGAAUGGCAAUCAUUUUUUUUUAUAUUUUGCUUUUUUUUAUAGAAAAUUCUAUGAAACACCUACGUAAUCCAGUGAUGUUGGGACGAGCAAUGAGCAUGAGGAAAAAAAACUUCUAUUAUACAGCUUCUAUGUACACUGUAUGCGCAAGCUUUCAUGUGACUCUGCCUUAUAAUGUUUCAUUAAGACUGCAUAUCUUUAUGUUUUAUGUUAAAGAAAAUGUUAAAGAAAAUCAUGGUAGCAUGAAAAUGUCUCCAUGCAAUGCAAAUAUAAAAGGUAUGUGUGACUUGUCUUGUUGACUGAAUGAAAAUCUGUGAUGCUGGCAGCCUCAGUAUUGUGGAAUUAUAUAGUAAAACCCUUUUGUCAAUGGUUUUUAAAGGGGGAAGCAUUCAAAACUCUGUCUUACUACAAUGUGGUACCAAUUUGUAAUCAUAUGCUGUCGCUUUUAAUGUUUAUGCCUCUAUAAAUCUAUAUUGUACAUGCCAAAAACAUGAUAUGUGGACUUUUGUUUACAAAGAUCAAGAUGGGUUGGGUUCUUAGAAAAUAAAAAAAACUUAUGAGUGUAACUACAACAUAUUUUCAGUAAAUAAACAUCUUGAAGGGUUAUGGUCUGGGUAAUAUUAUGCAGCUGAGCAAUGGAAAGUGGUAUAAGCCAAAAAGGACACCUGUGAUACAAGCCAUAACUCAGAUUUCACUAGUAUAAACUCUGUAAUGCAUUUCUUACUAAUAUGAAACUAAUUUCUGAUAUCAGUCAUGGAAAUUACUUGUAAUAAUCAGAUAUACAGAUUAAUAAAUCAAUUCUGAUUGGACAUAUUGUAAAACAACAUAUCUUUAAAGUAAAUUUGAACUUCAUAUCUUACCAUAUGUUACGAAACUGCACAUAUCUGAAAUACACAUUGCAACUCCUCAACGCUACAUAAAUUCAUAAAUUAGCAUUUGUACCAGUUAGAAUUCAUUCAUGGAAACAGGGGAUUUCAUAUGAAAUAAUAGUAAUAUAUGACUUGUCAAAAUUACAUUAUGAAUAUGUCAUCUUGGCCAACUGACAAAUCAGCCAAUCUAAUAUUAUUACAAGUAAAAGUUAUAUGAUUUUCAGGAGGAGAAUAUGUAAUAUUGUGAUAUGUUGGAUGAUUGACUUUGUUAUGUAUUCUUAUAUAUUUGUAACAUAUAUAGCAGUAGAACAGUAGAAGCAAUAGAACAGGGGAGUCCCUGUGGAUCAAAUAUGAAUUUCUAUUUUGAUUUAUGAUAACACUUAAAGUAACCGUAUAAAUCAAUAUGUUUUAGAGUUUUAGUACAUUUUUACUAUAGAAUACCAUAAUAAACGAAAACAGCCAAAUAUACUUUUUUUUUUACAUUUUCUUUAACAUAUAAAUAUUUUUAUUUAUGACCUAUUUGUCUCAUUGUACUAGACGAAGAUAUGCCUUGUACCAUUUAUAUUUUUACAAGCAAAAUGUAACUUACAACCUGUAUCACUGGUGUUGUUUUAGGUUUAAACUGCUUGCCAUAUAACUGCAGUAUAAUUUCAGCAGUUAAACCUCCAGAAGAGUUCAUGGUUAAGUUUUUUUAAACUAUCUAAACAGCCUGCUGGCUGUCUGUGUGUCUGGAUAAUGCAGGCUUUUCUUAUUUGGAUCAUGGGGUGUGCCUCAACUUGGGCUGGAAUGGGGAAACUAGCUAACUACAUGAUCUGAAGGCGUGUGAAACUGGACUGCGUUAAACUAGGCUGUUUGUUUAAUUCCUGAACGAUUACAAGUGAUCCCAUCUGCCUCCUCUCACACUCAGCCUAAAGCCUCAAAAACACAAUCCAGGACUGCCAGUCAAGUUAACGUUUGACAUCACACCAAUCAACCAAGAUGGCGGAGAAGCUCCAGAAAUAUGUUGCUGACAAAAAGGACGUGGUGGAGACUGUGAUGGAGGUGUUUGAGCAAGGAGCUGAGGUGGUGGCCAGCAUUGCUGGGGAUCUGUUCCCGGUCUUCGCAAUCGCAGCUCCCAUCGUGAAGCUGGCACUGGAUAACGUGGAGAGCAAGGAAGCGGAGUACAUGAAGGAGCAGUUCCAGAGGGUCCGGGAGCGCCUGGAGGUGGUAUCGGAGGAGAUCCAGCGCAUAAACGAGGAGGUGAAGAAGAGCGGGGCGGACGCUGCUUACUUCUCUGUGGAAGAGAAUCUGACCAACCAGUUCCGCAAGUACAUGGACAUCCUCAACGCCAAGCCAAAGUUCAGGGAGGUCAAGAAGAAGCUGUUCUUGGAGCACUUUAGCAAAACUGGGGGUGAUAAAAACCUGAAUAUUCUUUAUAACGCAGUAACGGGAGAUAAUUUCUCGGGAGAGUCCGUGCUGGAGAUCUCUCUAAACUACGAGCAGAAGAGCCGCAGGGCAGUGGAGGACUUCUGCGCCAGGCUGAAGCAGCUCUUCUGUGUCGGCCUCAUCGCCUUGAUGGGGCACGCCGCUCUCAAAGGUGGUGAAGACGAAGAAGGGCUGCUGAAAGACUGGGCUGACAAGAUGAAGGAGGUGCAGUUGAAAAUGAACGCAGUCAUCGAAGACUGCAUCAACAGCUUUCCAAGCCAGGCCGAGAUCGACAUCAAGAGACUGGUGAGGGACAACAGGGACAAACCCAACCAGCAGCUUGCAAACAUGAUUCUGGAAGCCCUGAAGAAGAAGUACGACUGGAUCGGCUGGUCUAUCCGUGUCUUCAACUCGCCCACAGGCCUCUUCAGCACAGGCAUAUUCGCCAGUAAGAAAGACUUCCAGUGCUCGGCAGGAAAGAGCAGGUUUCAAGUGCCCUUGUCAGAUGAGAAAACGAACGUAAUGGUUUCUUACAGCGCUUCCCCAGAACCUGUAGAUAAAACCCAGAUCCAGCAGCUGGUCGAGUCCCAGAAGAAACCUUCUAUUACAGAGGUUGCGGAGCUCCUGUUCGAUAAGAUCCCAGUAUGUUCGGUCCAUGUCAUCAAGACAUCGUGCAAAGAAAUGGCCUACGCCUGGAGCUUUACAGAUGAGCUCCACUUCUUUGAGGAGUACAAGAACUUCUACGUCUUUGUUCAUUCUGCCUAGGUCUUAGAUCCAAGCAGACCAUAAAUAGAGACCAAAUAUUUUUUGCCCUUAUGCAGAACUCACUUUUGGUAGUUCUUAAAAAAUAUAUAUAUAUUUUUAAAUAUAUAAUCAUGAUAUAAACCAGCUGUUCAAAAUCUGUGCAAUAUUCCAUCAUAGUUCCAUAAUUGUAGAAUGUUAAUGACUAUGAGGAACACUGCAAUUAUAGCUAUUUUUACCACCCAAAUCCACCAAUGCUGAAAUGCCAUGUGCCUUCUAACUAAUUGAAUGUACACUGAUUAGCCAUAACAUUAAAACCACCCAGCUCAUAUUGUGUCAUCAAAAACGCUUUGUCUGACCUUGCAAAGCAUGGACUUCCAAGACUUUUAAAGGUGUGCUGUGCUAUCUGAUACCAAGAGACAGACACAGUCCACAUAAGUGAUGUCAGCUUAAAAAAAAAAGCAAUGUUUUUUUUUUGUUUGUUUGUUUUAUUUGUUUCAGUUUUAUUUUUUCACAUUACUUUUCAGUGGCACUAACAAAUGUUUUGCCUGAUUCGUGUAUAACUUCAAUUAAGACUAUUUACACAUCUAUAAUACUUAGGAACAUAUUAUAAACCUCUUUUUUAUUGAAACAUCCACUUUCUUUCUUAGUAGGCCUGUUGUGAUGACUUAGGAGUGUGACAGACCAAGACUAGAUUUUAACAUUAUAGAAGUAUAAAAUAUUUUAUUUAAUUAAUUAAUACUCACAGCAUGCAAAACAGGUAAAUUUAAAAUAUUUUGUGAGUAAUCAUCUUGUACUGGAUGUCAAUCAGUUUUUACUCCGAUUAUAAAUUAUGUUUUUAUUUAUCAUAUGCAGUAAAAACAGAACAGUAUGUAAGUAUUGCAGCUUGUUUUACCAUAAACCCAACAAUUUCACUCUUGUGUGAUCUUUUACAAGUUUCUUCAGACUCUCUUCCCCAUCCCCCCCCGUGAGGGAUUUGUUUUCCACUGGCAAAGGGUUCUACACAGACCUGGCAACCUAUGACGGAGACCAACCCUGCUUUUUGCCGCCAUAAUGAUCAAACAUUUGUUUUGGUUACCUGUGCACAAGUCUCGCAAGACGCAUUUAAAACAUGAUGAGAAAUACUGUUACAUUUUAAUCUCGCGAGAUCUCGUCACACCCUUAAUGAUAACUUAUUGUCAUCAUUACUGUUUAAGGAGAAAGUGCGAUAAAUUAUACCUGUAAUUGUAAUUUAAAGACCCUUUUGUUCCAUUGAUAUUUUGAUAAUAUAAUUACACUCUUUAAAGGGCAAAAUGAAGUUUAAUUUCUAUUUUAAAUAUUUCAAAGCAAAUCAGUUUAAUUUAAUGACCUUUUAUUAGUCAGAAACAAUUAGGGUCAUGUCUAUGUCUAUAUAUAUAUAUAUAUAUAUAUAUAUAUAUAUAUAUAUAUAUAUAUAUAUAUAUAUAGUUUGAUAAGUCAAUGAUGCAAUGAUGUAAUAAGUCUGUCUAUCUUUGUUGUACUGACAGUACCCACAAUAUACAUAGACAAGCAAAUCCAGCAAUUUAAGAAUUGAAUUUUCCUUAUUUUAAGCCAAGUAAAAGAACAAUUACUGACUACUUUAUCUACACCACUAACAUUCCUUUGUACUGCUGAGCUGAGCUGUGUGAGGUAUGACAGAACUUACAGCAUCAAGUCUUCGUCAGUGCUAAAUUUACACUGCGUUUGUACAUUGAUAUGUUAAAUAUAGCAAUAAAAGUGCCUUUUAUCCUUUGUCUCA